AUGACUGAGACAAGCCGACAUGUUGUGUCGGUCAGGGCAUUCAGCUCGCUAGUGAUCAGCCACCCCUUCCUGGCAGCUUUCAGCGUGAUCGCCUUGUAUGUUACCUACGUGCGCCUCUUUACCCCUUUGAGGAAGAUCCCUGGUCCAUUUUUCGGGAGUUUGACACGGCUAUGGAAGGCAGGCAAGUCGCACAAGUGGGACAUCUUCUCUGAUCCCACGUUCGAGGGCCACGCAUCAAACAAACGACUUGUGUCCAACUCGUACUCGAUGAACUCGGUGGUUGAGCUUGAUGCGUACGUGCAGCGGCCCAUCAACCGCCUCAUCGAGCGAAUGGACGAUCAUGCCCGGCUCGGCAAGGAGAUGAAUUUCUCAGACUGGCUCGCCUGGUUUGCAUUCGAUGUCAUGGGCGAAGUAAGCUUUUCCAAGCAAUUCGGUUUCCUUGAGGAGGGCCGCGACAUCGACCAAACACUGCAAGGCAUCGAGAACAUGAUUUGGUCGGGCAUCGUGCUUGCAGAACUGCCUGAGUUGUAUGACUUCUCCCAAAGCAGAUGGUUUCGCAUGAUCCCAGUGGUCGGUCAAUAUGGUGCCAGCCUGAACUUUUUGAUUGAUGUGAAAACUGAUUAUUAUCGGCAGAAAGCUUUAGGAUUCAUCGCACAGCGAAGAAAUGGUAAUUGUGUCGACCGGCGGGACUUACUCUCUCGCUUCUUACAGCUCGAGAAGAACAACCCCGCAAAGUUUGACGAGCUGGACACUCAGAUAUUGGCCACGCUCAACAUCUUCGCAGGAUCAGAUACAACGAGCAUCGCCCUCCGCGCCAUUCUGUACUUCAUGAUCAAGGACCAGAGAGUCUGGGACAAGCUCCAGAAGGAACUGGACGCCGCCGUGGUAGAAGGCACUAUAUCGGAAGCGAUGACUUACAACGAAGCUCAAAAAAUGCCCUUUUUGCAGGCGUGUAUCAAGGAAGCCAUGCGCCUUCACCCGAGUUUAGGCACUCAGCACACGAGGCUCGUUCCUAAAGGUGGUGUUACCAUUGACGGGAGAUACUUGCCUGCGAAAACAACGGUUGGAAUCAACGCAUGGGUGAUGCAUCGUCAAAAGUCGAUUUUCGGAGAUGAUGCAGACCAAUACAGGCCCGAGCGAUGGCUGGAGAGCAACAGAGGAGAGUUGGAGCGCCAUUUCAUGUCGUUUGGGUAUGGUGCCCAUGUGUGUCUCGGUAAGAAUAUCGCCUUGCUCGAGAUUACAAAGGUGGUGCCGCAGAUCGUUCGACGCUUCAAUUUGCGGCUGGCAGACCCCUCGGAGAAGGAGUCAUACUGCAUAAGCCACACGUUUGUGCACCAGAAGAACUUUAAAGUUAUCUGUGAGGCCAGAAAUAAAUAG